AUGGAGCCGCCUUCCUACGCGGAGGCAACGCUCCGUCCACCGCCUCCACCCACCUCCCAGACGCCCUCGGAGCCGCCGCCGUCCUACGAAGAGACAAUCAAUGUCCAGCCGGAUCCCUUUCCCGUCUUGAGGACGCCCAUCGUCACCACCGCCGACACGUCGCGAAGAGACCAAGCACACGGCGGCGGUGCGCACGCAGCGCCGGUGCAAGAGGUGGUGGUGGUGACGCAGCCGCAACCACAACAGACCAUCUCCAUCACCGAACUGAGGAACCAUCCCGGUUAUGUGCAAUGUCCAAAGUGUCAUGACGAGGUCACCACCGUAAAAGUCCUGUGUCCCUCGUUAUGGGCCGUCUACGUGUGUAGCAUGAUCGCCCUCGGAGGCCUCAUCUGCGGCUUCUGCCUGAUUCCGCUUUGCAUUCCCAGCUGCUGGAAUGUGCACCACUACUGUCCUCGUUGCCACAAACGUAUUUACGUGUACAACAGGGGGGUCUAG